CACCAGGUCAUCGGUAAAAGCAGUGAGAAGUCUGACGACAGCUCCAUAGAUGAGAAGUACCUCAUCGCCACCUCGGAGCAGCCCAUCGCAGCCUUCCUGAGGGAAGAGUGGCUCAAACCAGAGGACCUGCCCAUCCGCUACGCCGGCUUUUCCACCUGCUUUAGACAGGAAGUGGGCUCCCAUGGCCGAGACACCCGCGGGAUUUUCAGGGUGCACCAGUUUGAGAAGAUUGAGCAGUUCGUCUACGCCUCCCCACAUGACGGCAAAUCUUGGGAGAUGUUUGAUGAGAUGAUCGGGACAGCAGAAGAGUUCUACCAGUCAUUAGGAAUUCCUUAUCGCAUUGUCAACAUUGUCUCCGGUGCCCUGAAUCAUGCAGCCAGUAAGAAGCUGGAUCUGGAGGCCUGGUUCCCGGGCUCCGGUGCCUUCAGAGAGCUGGUCUCCUGCUCAAACUGCACCGACUACCAGGCCAGACGCCUCCGCAUCCGCUAUGGACAGACCAAAAAGAUGAUGGACAAGGCUGAGUUCGUGCACAUGUUGAACGCAACCAUGUGUGCCACCACUCGAGUGAUGUGUGCCAUCCUGGAGAAUUACCAGACUGAGGAGGGCAUCGUUGUUCCAGAGGUGCUCAGGGACUUCAUGCCUCCAGGUUUGACAGAGAUCAUUAAGUUCGUCAAGCCCGCUCCUAUUGAUCAGGAGAUGUCUAAGAAGUCAAAGAAACAGCAGGACGGAGGGAAGAAGAAGAAGCAGGGAGGAGGAGACCUGCCCAACGCCAUGGAGACCAUGUCCGUCAACGACUCAUAGACUCCAGUAACACCACCGCUGUGUCCCUUCACCAACCACACAGACACACUGAUGGCAUGGAGCGUGGUGUUGAUGAUCAGGGUCGUUUAACUGCUGGAGAAUGGUGAAACCAUCUGUGUAAUCGUUAUAAUGAAGGCUAGCUCUCUCCCAUCUGUGUUUAUCUGAGUGGAUGGUCAUAUUCAUCUCAGCUGUCGCUCCCCUCUCUCACAUAAAGCACACUGAAAAAAAGGGAUCUCCGUGCUCACUUCUACAGUCCACUUCAGAGUCCAUCUGUCUGUCUUUCUGUCCGUCUGUCCCUUUCUCACAUCUGCAGCAACACUGAGCCUAAAACAAACAGAUAAGACCUCUAAAAGCUGUUUGUAGGACGCAUAUCGAUAUAUAUUCAAAAUCAGCAGCUACAUUUCUGGCUUCAUUUUCACGGCAGUUAGUAUAUAAACAACUGAUUAUAUACAUGUUCGUUUUCAGGUUUUAGGGAUCUGUAAUUGGUGUUGAAAAGUGUUUUUUUUGAAAAAAUAUUAAUAGUAACCAAAAUCUUCACUCAUCUGCUCUUCGUUGAGAACAAAACCGGCAUCGCCUCUGAAAAAUGGGGUCGAUAACUGUCUGAAAUGGUUCUGGGGUUAAUCCAACUAUAAUUCCGAAAUCAGUCCUGUAAACACGAUCAGGUAUCUGAAGCGUCUGUUUUAGGCUUCUCUUCACGACGUCUCUGACCACAAUCAUCAUUUCCGACCAUCAUUGCGCGACGUCAUCAUUGACCAUAACGCUUUUCAUGGGCUUACGAUUGAGACAUUGACAUUGCCUGUAUGAACUCGCUAAUAUAAAGAGAUAUAUAUGAUUGAGCAUUGACAGUGGCACUCAGUGUAAACAAAUAUUAAAUACAGUUGAUAUGGAA